AUGCCGCGUGAGCUAGAUCCAUCUAACAAUGAGCGGGACUUCCUCCUCUCUGCGCUCCGCCAAAAUGUUCGUCUCGAUGGCCGGCCACUGGACGCCUACCGGCCCAUUUCUCUCGCCUUCCCCACCCAUCCGGACGUCUACGGUCAAGCAGAAGUACGAAUAGGCAAGACGAGAGUGCUAUGCAACGUCAGCUGCGAAGUCGUCACGCCGUAUCCGGAUCGGAAGUUUGAUGGCGUCUUCACGAUCAGUUGCGAGCUAGGCCCAAUGGCCAGUCCGGCCUUCGAAGUCGGACGACCAGACCAGACUGAGAUGCUGAUCUCACGAAUACUGGAGAAGACCAUUCGCAGAUCUGGCGCACUCGACACAGAGAGCUUAUGUAUAGUGGCGGGACAGAAGUGCUUCCAUGUUCGUGCCGAUAUCCAUGUGCUUGACCACGACGGUAACCUGCUGGAUGCUGCUUGUAUUGCGCUCAUGGCUGCGCUACUGCACUUUCGCCGCCCGGACUUUGAGGUGCAUGGCGAAGACGUCACAGUCUUCUCCGUCCGUGAGCGAGAGCCGGUGAAGCUCACAGUGCAGCACCAUCCUUUCUGUAUUACCACUUCCUACUAUGACAGCGGGCAGAUCAUGCUUACCGAUGCGACACUACUCGAGGAGCAAUGCCGAGAAGGCGAGGUCAUUGUGAGCAUGAACCGCUUCGGCGAAGUGUGCCAGGUAGCGAAAUACGGUGGAGCAGCUGUGGACGGGCUGUCCAUGCUGACGUGCGUUAACUCAGCGCUGGACAAAGUGAAGGCGCUAGAUAAGUUGGUCAAGGCGAAGCUGGCCGAAGAUGAGAAGCGCAGAGACAACGGCGGGCUAAUGGCUGAGCUGAGUGCAGAAAACGAGCGCUGA